AUGCCGCUGCCUGCUUCGGCACCAUUGGUUUUCGCUCGUAAAAUGAGAGAAGAUAUCGAAGAAAAACACUUUAGAGAUGAUUGCGAUUUACAAGACUGGCUGGAUGAGCUGACAAACUUGAGAGACAUGGCGGUGCAGUACCACGUUUGGAUGGCGCAAACGGACGCAGAGUCAGAUGCCUGCCAUGCCGUCGUCAACCUGGCCGACGGCAUCACUUUGGUUCUCGGUGGCUUGGACGAGGACGAAAUGUCCGAUGCGCCAUCCGUAGUGGUGCACUCAAGUCUUCCUCAACAGAUAGAACCGGCACCCAGCAAUAUCAGUUGCAGGGCAUUUCAAGCUAUGCGCUGGAUGCCUCCUGCUGAAUGGGAUAGUGCGGCAUUCCAUUUUGACAGGGCAUGCCAGAGCCUUGAUUUCUUGCGUCGUAAAGCUGCCCUGACGAGGUUCGAGACAGCAGAGAAACGUAGCUUCGGCCCACGACUAUCAGCUGCAUCGGCUGCGAUGUCAAGGUGCUUCUUUUGA